AAAGGGUAAAAAUAAAUUUUCGAUAAAGUUUUUUUUGGUUCUAUCUUUGUUUUCUUUUAGACGAGCAAAUUGUAAAGAAGGUGUGGGUCUUCAUCCGAUGUACGUGAAUGUAAACAUGCACACCGGAGCUGUGUCAACAACUUGGAUUGAUUCUCUACAAGCAUCAUUUUCUGCCGUUCAAGUACUACGUGGCGACAUUAACGAAGCUAUUUGUAUGCAUGCUUUGUAUUACAGUAUUUGGAGAAAAUUUGGUGUUUUACCAGAAAGGUUCAACUGGCAUGUGAACAUGCCUGAUGUUAAUUUUUAUCCAUUGAGACCAGAAUUUGUGGAAGCAACAUAUUUUCUUUUUCAAGCAACAAAAAAUCCAUUUUAUUUGCAUGUUGGUCGUGAUAUAAUAGAAAAUUUGAACUACUACACAAAAGUCGAAUGUGGAUAUGCAACCGUACACGAUGUAAAUGAUAAAACAUUGGAAGAUCGAAUGGAAAGUUUUUUCUUAAGUGAAACAUGUAAGUAUUUGUAUCUGCUUUUUGACGAAGACAAUUAUUUGAACAAACAGGGUGCUAAUGAUUAUAUAUUCACAACGGAAGCUCAUAUCAUACCUUUAAUGUCAAAACUUCGCAAAAAAGUCUGGGAGAAUGAUGGAUUUUCUAGUCCACCAUCUUCUACUAAUGAAAAUUUAUUCAGUUUGCCAGUAAAUUAUGAGACAAAAACGAUUGUUUUAAACAAGAAAAAGAAACAAAAAUCAGCCAAAAAUAGUCUAGAAACUCAAGUAGUUGAUGUUAAUCUUGAUGAAUCUGCGACACAGAAAUCACUGACAGCGGUACCAAAUAUGAUUAUAAAUAAUACAAGAAAACUUAAUGAAUCUAGCUGUCGAUUUCAACCAAUUGAACGUCAUACAUUACCUUUGAGUGCUGCACUUUUAUUUCAAUUGGAUGAAAUGGUUGGAGUACACUCUUCUCGAUCACCGUGA